AUGCGCAAGCGACCCAUAGGGAUUUGUGGCUUGAUGUUCCAGUUCUAUCGAUGCAUGGUCCGCCGUGCCACCCGCCCCCCUUCUGUCUUCUGUCUUCUGUCUUCUGUCUCUGUCUUCUAUCAUCCAGGUGACUGGGUGCACGGUGACCCCACGCGUGCAGCGUACGCUCGCUUCGGCACCCCAAAUCCACGCCCAAUCUUCCUCUUACCCAAUUUAGCUUGGCUGUCCGACAGCAAUCACACCACUCCCCCCUCUUAUUGGCCCAAUCAACUCGAAAAUUCCCAAGGUCGUCCAGCGGACCAGCUGGGUGUCAAUAACAGCGAUGCACCGGUACUCGCAGCCAUAUCCGUAGCAGAACGGGGCAAUCAAACAAAUCUAAUCAAAAGCUCCACAUACUUCAAGUUAUCCUGUCGUCCAGAGCCUAUAGCUAAUGUCAUUUGCGGACUCGACCCAUACAAUGAUGAUGAUGAAUGGAAUCCGAAGUACCUUGGGGGUCAGGCGGUCCCGGUCAUCGGCCAAGGCCCAGGGGCACGAGUCGACAGUAAACCGAUUUGCUCCCGACUCUCGACUUCGACACCGAGUCUAGAGAGUGUCGAGGAUGUGCUGAAGGGGCACCGCCUCCGAGUCGUCAGGGCAAGUGUCACCUGGACAGUGUACGAUCGAGGGUGGGGGGAGGGUGGAGGAGAACAGGAGGAGAUUUAA